UAAAGAGCUGCUUGCUAGGGAAGCUGGUGGGAGCCGGGUGACGCGGCUGUGGGAUUCAGAAGGAACGACAUGGGCGGCAAGACGGUGUCAGGGCUCCUGUCUGGGGUGGCCAUGGUCCUCCUGGUGCUGCCGCAGAACACGCAGUCAGUCUACAUCCAGUACCAAGGCUUCCAGGUCCAGCUGGAAUCAGUGCAGAAGCUGAGUAACCUGGAGGGGCAGCAGGUGGCCAGUCCCCACCUGCAGGCCCAGAGCCUCCUGCCCUCAGUGUGCCACCACCCAGCCCUGCCGCUGGACCUCCAGCCUGUCUGCACCUCCGAGGAAGCUGCCAGCAUCUUCCAGGCGCUGUGCGCCAUCGCUAAAGACGACUGUGAGCUGUGUGUGAAUGUUGCCUGUACAGGCUGCGACUGAGAUAACUGGGCACCCUGAGUCCACCCUGGGCACCAUGGCCCCCAGCCCGCGGCUGUCACAGCCCCCACCCCCAUCCAAGCUCCAGAGGGGCCCCUGGCCAGCAAGGUCAUCACCAUCCUCCCAAGGCUCAAACAGCUGGAUCUGGUGCAAAGCAACUGUACACAUGGUUGGAGAGCUUGGCCCACGAGGCAGCCCUGCUGCUGAAUAAAGAGUCAACUCUGAAUGCAGA